AUGAAAAGAGCCAGAGAGAGCACUGGUACAGAUUCGAAGAAGAAGUAUAAAUUCUCAACAGGUAUAGUUGAGCCGUGCGUCUCCGGCAUUUAUGCAACAUGCGCUCGCAAACAUGAGAAGCAGGCUGCCCAAGAGCUCGCAGAUCUAUUCGAGGAGAAGUUAGAGGCAUACUACGGUGAUGAACUUGUAGACACUAGUGGUGGUACUGGCAACGACGUAAACCGAGAGACUUCAGUGGAAGAUCAAAUUAAUCGAGAAUUGGAGGCUCUUAAGGCACAACACACUUCAGGUCCCAAGAAGAAAGAAAUUUUGAAAUUUGUUGAUCUCAACUGCGAAUGUGUGAUAUUUUGCAAGACCCGUAAGCCAAUCGAGCCCGAAUCGUUUGUUCACCGCCUGAUGGUGGAGUUUGCAGAUCCCAAGGCGACUCACAAGAGAACAAGAUACGUUCAGAAGCUGACACCUAUUGUUUUCUCCUGCAAUGCGUCGUUAGAUGAGCUGCAAAAGCUUGCUCAGCGAGUGUUGAAGCCUCACUUUCACGAAGCUGGGGGGCCAACAUUGAAAUUUGCGAUCGAAGUGACCCGAAGGAACUUCAACACAAUAGACAAGAUGGAUAUAAUCAAAGAAGUGGCAAAGCAGGUGGGUAAGAAUGGAGAAUUGGCGCAUGAAGUAGAUUUGAAGAACUACGACAAGUUGGUAUUGGUUGAAUGUUUCAAAAACAACAUCGGUAUGUCUGUGGUAGAUAGCGAUUACCGCACAGAUCUCAAGAAAUACAAUAUACAGCAGAUAUUUGAAGCCAAGCUCAAAAAGGACGCCGCCAAGGCUGAUACAACAAAAUAA